GUACAAUCAUAGGACGCCAACAACCACUCUCCCUCCCCUCCUCUGAGCGUGAAAACAGGGGACUUUCAUGGCCCAACUCCCAAAUGCAACCUGAAAACUCAAAUCUCCUUGCCCCAAACUUUUCUUCUCUCCCACAAUCUAGCUAAUCAGAAAAUAUCCAGAAUGCUUUCACAGUAGACUUUAGACUCAUAUAUCAUAUGUAUGGCUUCACCAUCACAAGCGUGUAAAUGGUCACAAACCACAACCCCCAUUAAGCCCUCUUCUUCUUCUUCGCUAUUCAGCCCAUCCUUUUUCUUUUCCUUCCACCCCACUCUCCCAAAACGACCUCGUAUCUUUUCUCUGCACCAUUCUUCUUCUUCUUCUUCGAAGCCCAAACAGAGACUAACAAAGUCAUUGGAUUCGGAUGAUUCGACCUCGCAACCCAACACAUUCUCAGCUAACCCAAAUUCUCGAUCCAAAACGAGACCGCCUCUAAGUUUCAAGUCCUUGUAUGGAAAGCGAUCUCUCUGGCGAAGGAUAUUUUUCGCUUCCAAGAAACUCAGAAGCAUCAUUCUGCUCAAUGUUAUUACUCUUGUCUACGCUAGUAACAUUCCAGUUGUGAAAGAGGUUGAAGCGAUUAUGGACCCAGCAACCUUCACUGUUGUGCGCUUUGCAAUGUCUGCCAUUCCAUUCAUCCCAUUUGUAUGGCAAGCACGAGGUGAUGUUCGUACCCGUAAUGCAGGGAUAGAGUUGGGUUUCUGGGUCAGUUUGGGAUACCUUAUGCAGGCCCUUGGGUUGCUAACAUCUGAUGCUGGGCGUGCAUCAUUUAUAUCCAUGUUCACUGUUAUUGUGGUUCCCUUGCUUGAUGGUAUGUUAGGAGCAGAAGUUCCUUCACUUACCUGGUUUGGAGCUGUCGUGUCUAUUUUAGGAGUUGCAAUGCUGGAAUCCAGUGGAUCACCCCCAUGUGUUGGAGAUCUUUUGAACUUCUUAAGUGCAGUGUUUUUCGGUGUCCAUAUGCUAAGGACUGAACAUAUAUCAAGAAGCACAAAGAGAGAGAACUUUUUACCUCUUCUUGGAUAUGAGGUAUGUGUUGUUGCUCUAUCAUCAAUCCUAUGGUAUUUUAUAGGAGGUUGCUUUGGCGGCAUGCAAGAGUUCAGGCCAUCAUUGUGGACAUGGACAAUGCUUUGGAAUUGGAUGGUUACAUUUCCAUGGAUACCUGCGCUUUACACAGGCAUAUUUUCAACUGGGUUAUGUUUAUGGAUAGAGAUGGCUGCAAUGCGUGAUGUAUCAGCCACAGAAACCGCAAUAAUUUAUGGGUUGGAGCCGGUCUGGGGUGCUGGUUUUUCAUGGGUUCUCCUUGGUGAAAGGUGGGGUGCUGCUGGUUGGAUUGGUGCUGCUCUUGUGUUAGGUGGGAGCUUAACAGUCCAGAUAUUUGGUUCUUCUCCCAGAAAGGCCAGUGAAGAUGAUGAGAAAAGUGAGACUGGUGAUCGCAUGUUUGUUACUGAUAAGCAAAAUGGUAUUUCUACCUCUCCGCUUGUGGUCAGUUCAAGCAAGGAUGUUCCUGGUCUAUUAAAGAAGCCUCGUCACUAGUAACUUCUUGUUUUUUUUUUUUCCUGGAAAAUACAUUCUCUAAUCCUCAUGAGCUCGCUUGUAAUUAUAUAAUUCAUAAGGUCAUCAAGUUUUAAUAGCCGCUGCCUGCUCGAGGCUUGAAAGCUUUCAGCCGUAGAUGCAUGCAAAUGUAGAAAUAGUCCUCUGUACAUCAGCAAUAGGAAAAUGCACUACAUUUUGAUUCUUCGUCCCCACUAAUCUUAUGUAUAGUGUAGAUAUUAUUCUUGUAAUGUCCAAAAUACUCUCUUAGCAUGAUUUAGUUGUCAAACUACAAUCAAUUUUGCUCUUUUGUAA